AUGGGGAGAUCUUUGAUCUUCCAGGAAGGGAAAUGCAUCGAGGGCGAUUACUACAUCGUUGCAGUGUACGAUGACCCGGCCACGUGCACCAUCUCGUUCUCCGCUUACGAGCUGGAGAAUGACUGCACCUAUACCUACCCGCUCACCUACAGCCAGUUCGACGCCCUCUUCCAGUAUGACUCCGAGCUGAUGAAUCCCUCCAAUCAGGAUGGCCGCUUCCACUGGGUCAUCGAACGGCUGGACUUUGUACAGGACAAGCGGGGCCAGAAGGUCCUGUGCUUGGGCGAGGAGGCCACUGCGGAGGUGGAUGAUGAGGGGGACUUGGUGCAAGAGAAGCCGAAAGCCACCUCGGCGGUUCCAGCCAACGUCGGAGGCAAGAUCGACGGUGCCACGCGGGCGAAGCUGCUGAAGGAGCUGGACACGCAGGAUGAUGCCAAGCUCCACGCAGCCCUGGUGAAGAGUGAGGGUGCGCGGAAGCGCUUCAUCGCGGAGCUGCAUGCGAAGCGGAACUUGGAGCAGCUGAAGGCCUCGCAGCGCCUGCAGAAGGCGGAUGAGGAUCGCGAGGCCCGGCUCGCCAGGCUGGAGCUGAUCAAGAAGCAGCAGCACCAGCGGGCGGAGGCCCACAAGGCGGCCGAGGAGGCGAAGAAGAGCACCAUGGCCCAGCUCGAGGUCCUGAUGAAGCAGAAGGAGGCGCAGGCGAUCCGUAGGUUGAUCCAAGAGAAGGACGCCCAGGAUCGCGGCAUGGGGCGAGAGAAGGACGCGGCCCGGCAGCGGCGCAAGAUGCAAGAGCGCUCGGCCGCGGAGGUCUGGGCCAUCGAGGAGGAGCGCGCCCUACAGCUGGCGCGGAAGCGCGACGAGCAGGUUGAAAAGCGAAAGGCGCUGUUCCUGAAGAAGAACCGGCAUAUUGCCGAGAUCCUGCGCGAAGAGAAGAUGAGGGAGCGAGAAUAUCAGGUGAGGUUGCGAGAGGAGAAGGACCUGAUUAUCCAGGAGGUCUGGAAGACAAAGGCGCAGGAGCGCGUCGCCCAUGAAGAGAAGCAGCGGGAGUUCGAGCGCCUCGAGGAGAUCCGGGAGAAGGUCACCGUUGAGAGGGAGAAGCGAAGAGCCAUGGACGAGCUGAAGCAAAUCACCGCCAUCCGCAAGCACGCGGAGGAGGAGAAGGAGGCCACGGUGAAGCGCCGGGAGAAGCUCCGAAAGGAGUACCUGCUCGACCUCAAGGUGCAGGCCAGCAAUAGGGCACAGACAGCCCGAGAGCAAGCGCGGCGCAACGAGCGGCGGGAGCAGAAGAUUCAGGAACGCGAGGAAGCUCGCCUGCGGCGCUUUCGGGAGUCUCAGUUCAUGGACACCAUGCGUGCCACGCGCAGCACCUUCAAGCCGGACGAGGGCCUUGAGGAGGGCAACGAAGGCCGGAUGCAGACCACGCAAAUGGGAUCCACAGGAAAGGAUGAGGGGCGCAAGACCGUGGAGGCAGACGAGCGCAGGAAGCGCCAGGCGGAAAGAGACGAGAAGCUGAAGAGGGAGGAGGAGAAGAAAGGCAAGAUGCAGCAGCUGAGCGGGAAGAAUCCCAACUUGGCAGAGCUCAGCAGGAUCAAGGAGUGGAGGGCUGAAGACGAAGCCAAGAAGAAGAUGCUGGAGGACGCCCGCCUGAAGCGCGAGCUGGAGCGGGAGCAGGCGCUCAGAGAUCUGAACGAAGCCGCGGCCAAGCGCGAGGAGGUCUGGAACCGCCUGGAGGUCACUCGCAAAGAGAGGGAGGAUGAGCGACAGAUCAACCGCCAGAAGGCGGUGAUCGAGCGCAUCAAGAACAUGCCCGUGGGCGGGGGCUUGCCUAAUGUGCUGGUCUACUAG